UUGAAAGGGAGAAAAAGAGACGUUGAAAAGGAGAAGCGCUGCUUCAUAGAUUAAAGCAAAUAUUGUAUGGUAACUCGGAAAGAAAUAGAAAAAGAAAGCAGAAGAAGAAGAAGAAGAAGAAGAAGACGAAUUCGAAGAGAGAGAUCAAUUAAGCAUUGGUUGGACUUAGUGGGUCUCAAGAGGUGGCGACCGAAGGAAACAUAGAAGUAGGCGGCGAGACGCUUAACAACCGUCUCCAAUUGUUUUUGUCGUCUCUGUUGGCGAGUCUUGGAGGGGUCUUUGGCAAUAAUCAAGAACAGAAACACUCGUCAGAGAUGGCUUCCAAAGCUGUUCUUACUCAACAACCCAAAGGGGGAGGAAAGCUGAAGAAUGGACAAGCAGCGGCAGCAGAAGGUAGAAAUCGCCGAGUUCUGAGAGACAUAGGGAAUCUUGUCACUGCUCCAGCUGUAGAAGGGAAGCCCCAAGCCCCAAUUUCUCGUCCCAACACAAAGUCAACACAAGUAGCAGCAGCUGAGAAGAAACCACUUACAGAAAUUGGCAUUGCUGUUAAUGGAAAGAAUAAAGAAACUGACAAGCUGAAACCCAGUACAGUAAUUGGGUUAAAAAGCCACAAUGAUCAUCAUCAUGUCAUGUCUAAAGAGGAAAAGCAGAAUAGUGGAAGAAAAUCAAGAGCAGGGUUCUUGAGGAAGCCGGUCAACACCCUCACAUCAAUUCUCACUGCUCGAAGCAAGGCUGCUUGUGGACUUACCAACAAACCAAAGGAUCCCAUUUCAGACAUUGAUGCAGUAGAUGCUGAUGAUGAAUUGGCAGUUGUGGAGUAUGUUGAGGACAUCUACAAGUUCUACAAGCUCACAGAGGUUGAGAAUCGAGUUCAUGACUACAUGGUUUCACAGCCUGACAUUAAUUCCAAAAUGAGAACAAUUUUGGUGGACUGGUUGAUAGAAGUCCAUAGAAAGUUUGAACUAAUGCCCGAAACCCUCUACCUCACCAUAAACAUAGUGGACCGAUACCUUUCCAUGGAUAGUGUUUCAAGAAGGGAACUUCAGUUGGUUGGCAUCAGCUCAAUGCUCAUUGCAUGCAAGUAUGAAGAAAUUUGGGCACCUGAGGUUAAUGACUUUGUUGCAAUAUCAGAUAAUGCUUAUGUUAGAGAACAGAUACUUUUAAUGGAGAAAGCAAUUUUGGGAAAGUUGGAAUGGUAUUUAACAGUUCCUACGCCAUAUGUGUUCGUUGUUCGGUACAUAAAAGCUUCUUCUGAUUCACCCCAUCAGGACAAGAUGGAAAAAAUGGUGUUCUUCCUAGCUGAACUUGGACUUAUGCACUACACAACCAGCAUAAUGUACUCCCCAUCAAUGCUUGCUGCCUCGGCUGUCUACGCAGCACGAUGCACCCUCAACAAGAGCCCUCUUUGGACUGAAACUCUGAAGCACCAUACAGGCUACUCUGAAGACCAGUUGAUGGAUUGUGCAAAGCUGUUGGUUUGCUUUCACUCAGGUGCUGCAGAUAGUAAGCUCAAGGCUGUUUACCGGAAAUUCUCGAGUCCAGAUGGAGGUGCUGUUGCUCUUUUUCCUGCAGCCAAAAGUCUUUUGCUGGUUUCGUCUUUGGGAGCUGUUAUUUGAGAUCAUGUUGCAGUUAUGAUCCCUGCCUGGAAAUAUGAUUGGAUUUGCUUUUGAUCACAAACACAUUGUCUAUCUUCUGAUAGUAGUUGCAACUUGGAUUUUGAUCUUUGCAACUUGUGUUUCAAGGGUUUUGCUUCAUGUGUUGAAUUCAUAUUUGUAUAUUUUUUUAAAAGUUGAAUUCUUAUUGUUGUUAAUGAGAUAUUACUACUUGAAAAUAUUUUUAAAUAUUU